AGAUACUUCUAGAUCUUUUUUUGGAGGGAAUUGACUAGCAAUUCACAGUCGGAUGGUCACCCUAGGGGCGGUGACUUGUGUAAGCAUAUUGGCAUGAGAAUUGUAUCGAUUCAUUUUGAAUAUUGUUAAGUGUGUAAACAUAGAAGUAGUGCAGUGUGUCAACACCUGCACUUUUUUGGCUCUUGCGAUAUCAAUAUCUAUGCACCUACAGCAACAGCUGUAUGGAAUUGAAUAUAGUCUGAGGUUGUGCAAAUAGACAUUGAUUGCUUGAUAUCUGUUUUAGUCUUAUUGUCGUCCGCAGCGGCUCAUAAUUCAACUUUCAUCUUGUCCGAAACCAACCUCUUCAGGAAGAAAAGUGUCAGCGUAGUGAUUGACAACUCCCCUGCUGUAGCCCAGACUGACAGAGGCACACACGCAGAGUGCGUUGUUGAGCCACUUCUCUCGAUUCAAAACUAUAUCUUGCAUAGAAGCCUGCACCUAUAAAAGCCUUGUGAAGUUUCUUGUGUUUGGCAACCGGCCGUGUUUUGUCAGCACAUUUUGGGCGCCUCAAAUCCACUGUGUCAGUACUCUACCCAAUAAUUUUUCACUUACGAAUCGACAUACUGCGAUUUCAUUUAGAAAAAAUCUGCCAAGAUCAACCGCAGUGAUUAUUUUCUUCUCUCUGGCUUGCUGUUUUUCUUUUUUAUGUAGUUGUGGUGCCAGUUACUUUCUUACUCCAAGUCAGGCACUUUUUCCUUAUCCUUGUAGAGUAGCGCUCGUUCUUUCAAUUGUGCCGAUUUCUCUUUCAGCAGAGUCGUGCCAUCGAUUGAACAUCGAGCUCGUUUGGAGAAGUCGGAUAAUCUUCGCAACCGUACUGGCGCUAGCACAACGCUGUGUCUGUUGCACGUGGUAAACUACGAAGAGAAGGUCCGCAGCAACUUUCUGCAGAACCUGAAUCGAAAUUAAGUAAAUAGAUACUCUAAGUACAGAGGGGUGGAGCGCCGCGAGCAGGACGAUGUCGGCCGUUCCAGAAUUGCCGAAGCGUGCCUCCGGCACGAUGAAGAUCGAUGCGGGCAAGGACUUUUUGGAGGCCUUGCGCAUGCAGAUCGAUGCGAACUUGGCACACUACGAACGGACCCCGGGACCGCUUCAGAUGAGUAAGCAGGACGAGUUUGACCUGGGGCAGUUCUCCACACAGAAACGCUUUGAAAAGGAACUCACCAAGAGCACCGGGCUCAAGGUCAAGCAAAUCGUGCACAACGCGUCCCCGGCGAUUUUGUAACAUAUUUUUCAUGUUUAAGUAACAAGUUUCAGGAUCCGGUUUCUAACCUGCUCAUGAAGUACAUGGAGAAACUGAAUAAACGUCUUCAAUUACUUCGCCGGUGAAGUCCAAGAAUGUUUGGUGUCCAAAUCACAGGUAUGAGGAGGCGCUGCGUGCAGAGGAAGGUAGCUACAUCUCGAACACCGGAGCGCUCGUUGUUUCAAGUGGGGCGAAGACAGGUCGCUCUCCAGCGGACAAGCGGAUUGUUGAUGAACCCAUCGGCUGGUGGGCGUUCACAAACGAAGUCUGGUGGGGAAAGGUACGUUCUGGUUUCGUUCUUCCACUUAAGUUGAGUCACAUGAUAGUUUUCUGCCGUCGCUAGUGGUGCCGUCAAUAGAACGCGCCAGCCUGGUGUUGGUAAAAAUGAUCCUUCUAGGCAUUAUGUACGAUGUCUGCAUGUGUGUCGGAGCGUUGGUUCUAGAAAUUGAAAUUAGAACAACUACUAACCGACAGGUGAAUAUCAAGCUUGACGACGAAUCGUUUCUGAUCAACCGCGAACGUGCGGUGGACUAUCUCAACUCCCUGAAAAAAGUGUACGUUGUGGACGCGUACGCAGGGUGGGAUCCCAAGUAUCGCAUCAAGGUGCGCGUGAUCACGUCUCGGGCCUACCACGCACUUUUCAUGCAAAACAUGCUGGUCAUGCCGGACUCUAAGGAGGAGUUUGGCAGCCCAGACUUCAUCAUCUACAACGCCGGCUGCUUUCCCGCCAACCGCUACACCUUAUCCAAAUGGAAAGCGCCCUGCUCGCAGAACUUGAAAAGCGAUAAAUAUAAAUUUUCUUUGCAAAGCGUCCGCUACAUUUAGAAUGUUUAGUCUUCUACAAGCACGGGAACGGGAUGGCAGUCGCGACGCGGUUUGAAGCGCGCUCGCAUCACGGUUGCCCUGACAUCAAGUUUGACCACGCGUUUACAGGAGUACUUCUCUGCAUUAAAAAAUGUUUAUUAGGGUAUUCAUUCUGUUUCUGGAAGACGGCCCAAGGAUUCUAAGCAUACUAUUCCAGCUCAGAAUGCCAGUAUUUUGCAAAUCUAGGACUGAGAGCAGGGACUGGUUUCAGUAUGAUAAAAGAAGGGAAUGACCUCCUCCACCUCCGUCUGCAUGCACUUUCGCCGGAAGGAGAUGGUGAUCCUGGGCACUGAGUACGCUGGGGAAAUGAAGAAGGGAAUCCUCACCCUCAUGAUGUAAGCCGAGAUUUUUUUUCUGUUGGUUGUACCAGCCUCUGUCUCGCUCAUUCCAUUCCUCUAUCGUUAUCACGGAAGAGCGUCGUGCUUGCAGUUGGUGUUAAGUAGUUGGAGCGGGUGAAGAGAGCACUGAACUUUUUUUGAUAGAAGUUAGUGCUUGUCAUAUGAUUGAAUGACUCCUUAUCCUCGCAAAGAAAAAGAAAAAAAUCUGCCAAAACUUUGAGUAUCACGCAAGAAUGCAAAUACUCAUCAACAGGUAUGCGAUGCCGCAACAACGCCAACUGCCGCUACACAGUUCCUAUCCUUUGAAAAAGUAUCAUACUCAUGUGUAGAAGUCGCAAUAUUUGUAUAAAUCAUUGAGAUUUGCCAGCCUUUUGACAUUUUCAUCCUCUGCAACUAAAAAAAUACACUGCUUCAACCGGCACACGUCGGAAUCAGCGUAUGCGCGUAUGUGCGAUCGGAAAAUGAACAUGAUACAUUUGCAGUGGAUUGCACCUGCAAUGUUGGGAAGUCGGGCGAUGUGAGUUUCUUCUUUGGCCUCUCCGGUACCGGAAAGACCACCCUUUCUGCGGACCCGGACCGAUACCUCAUCGGCGAUGAUGAGCAUGUCUGGACAGACACUGGCGUUUUCAACAUCGAGGGCGGGUGCUACGCAAAGGUGCAGAUUUUUGAUUUUACUACCCUUUCGAAGGAAGCUUCGCGGGGCCGCUUCGUGCCUGCUACUCAAGUAUCUACCACGUAGAUACAAAAAUCAAAAUGCAGUGCGCAACUUUAGGUAGGGAGAUAACUGAAGAAAGGAAAAUCCGAAGGCGUAAAGUUCCGCGCCACAGUUCUGCGUGCAAAUGUCGUGGAUCGGCCAUCGGGCCUUUUCUACGUUGAUUAAGAUGAGUAGUGUACUUUUUACAUAUAGUGACCUACACACCAGUAGCACUACCAGUUUAUAAAAAAAAGGAUGAGCGGCUUCUUUUUCUCUCUACAGGCCAUCGACCUUUCCCGCGAAAAAGAGCCGGAAAUUUUCGACGCAAUCCGGUUCGGGGCGGUGGUAGAAAACGUGGUGUUCGAUCAUACCACCCGGGUCAUCGACUACUACGACACCAGCAUCACGGAGAAUACCCGGGCGGCCUAUCCGCUUCAUUACAUCCCCAACGCCAUGAUCCCGGCCAAGGUGGACCGUCACCCAAGCUCCAUCAUCCUCUUGUGCUGCGACGCGUUUGGCGUGUUGCCUCCGGUGAGUAAACUGACCGCGGCCCAGGUGCAGUACUACUUCAUCUCGGGCUACACCGCGAAGGUGGCCGGGACCGAGCAGGGCGUCACGGAGCCGACCGCCACCUUCAGUGCAUGCUUCGGAGCCCCCUUCCUAGUGUGGCACCCCAUUGUGUACGCCGAGAUGCUGGCCCAGAAACUUGAGGAGCACACCUGUCACGCCUACCUGUUGAACACGGGUUGGUCUGGUGGCGGCUACGGAGUCGGAAAGCGCAUGGAAAUCAAGUACGAUCCCAUUUUUAUUCGAGUUGUCAGGAGUUUUUCUUUUUUCUCCACUCCUUAUUGUUUUCCCUGUGGUCAGUCACUCAAAACCAAAAGCAAGACCAAUUGGCAUAGUGGAACUGGAGGUGGUGGUUCGACCUCCGGUGCAGUGAAUGAGUCUGAGCUGUGCAACGAAGAAUUGCCAUAUCUGAGCCCAUCUGUAGAUAGUUCAACCGAAUUUGUAAUUUCGAAAGAUCAUUUAAACUUAGGCGUGCGAAGUAUUUAUUCCUACUAUUGCUGAUAUUGCAGGCACACACGAAAGUUGGUGAACGCGAUCCACAACGAGAGCAUCCUGGAUAUGGAGUUCUCAAAUGUUACAUUCUCAACUGUUACAUGAAUUUGUAAUGCAAGAACGGCGAAAGUGAAAGGGGGAAGAUAAAGAUUGCGCCUUUUGCAUUACAGAUUUGGCACAGAUUUAGAUGCUGUUUAGCCCUUCGGAUAAAUAUUUGUCAUGCGAAGCAGCUUAAUCGUGGCGAUCCUGGUGGUAACAAAUCGUGCAUGACAAACCAUGUAACAGUUGAGAAUGUAGUAACGUUUGAGAGCCCCAUACUGGAAACCGAGUUUGAAGAGAUGCCGCUCUUUGGGCUGCAGAUGCCGAAAAGCAUCCCGGGCGUGCCCAGCGAGAUUAUGAACUGCAAAAGUAUCGUACUCGUAUAAAUGCAUUACAAAUUUUCUCAGCAUGAGAAAUAAAAUUUGUAAUGCUGAUUUGCCUUGACAAAGAAAUUUGUAAUGCAAGACCUGCAUUAAUACGAGUACGAUACUUUUGCACAGCAUAGAGAUCUUGAAUCCGCGAAAGUCGUGGUCCGACCCCAAGGCCUACGACACGUCCUUGAACAAGCUCUACGAACUAUCGUAUUUAAAAACGUCCCCACCCCAUAGUUGUAAUGCAAAUCUGCAUGCUGAGAAUGGUUCUCAUGCGGAGCCCCAUGAGAAGCAUUUUCUAGUCGUGUUUGGCAAUUUGUCAUGCUCCAAUCAGCAUGGUAUGCUAGAUCUGUGAUGCUGCUGAGCUAGCUCGAACAGCACUACACUACGAAUGCAAAUUUGUCAUGCAAAACAGCCAAAACUUGUGGAUUUGUCUAGCCGAUUCCCCAUCUUGACUAUGGUGUGGGUACGUUUUUACUCAGGAUACGAACUCUUUCGUGCCAACUUCGUUGAGUAUGCCGACAGGUGCCCACUAGAGGUCCGGAAGGCUGGCCCCUACUUCUAGGUGCAAUGUGCGUGAGGACCCUGAAGAUGCAUGUCGUACGACAGUUGUGUUCAUAUUGUUUAUUUCAGCAAAAACCACAUGGUAAAUAAUACCUGGAAAAACGUGGAAAUGGGUGAGGUGAUUAUCUAACCCGUGCUACUUUUCCAAGCCCACGCUUGCACUGCAGCGAAAACGAUCUUCACCCUCUUUGGUGAAGUCCGGUAUCCCACAUGAUAAAUUCCUCUGUGAUGUGAACUAAAUUUCAUAGCGACCCUCGCCUUUAGUGCUUAUUUGACUCUACGCAUACUACUUAAUAAACAAAUAUGUUUUAUGUGCCAAUAGAGGGCAUGUGGCGUUAAUGUCCGUCGUUUUCGAAUACUCCAGUCAGUGAUGACAUAUUGUUUCGUGGACGGCGUUGACUUUCACGCGCAUAUCUACUAUUGUUGCGCUUCCGACCUGCAUGUAGUUCUGGUUUUUACACACGCAAGCCAGCGAAGAUGAUCAUCUGUCAAUUUUGUGCUAGUGUACUAUCUAUUUAGGUGCAUCGAGUUCGAGUUUCGAUAUAUCGAUAUGGUGUGACAAAGUCCAAGAGUCAACUAGUACUAGUAGAUCGUUAGAUCGACGGAAUUCACCUUGCUUUGGUUGUGAGCUCAUGCAGCUAGAAAAUCCAGCGAACUUCUUUCUCUGUCGUUUUUGCGCGGGCCGCAUCAUGUUGAUUUUUGGAACUGUAUAGUAUUGCUUGUGCGACACCUAGAGUUUUUUACCGUGUGCAGUUGUAUGAAUGUGGGCGCGCUACUGCUGCCGGACCAAGCAAGAGCACGGAGGUCAUUAUGACUACCAAUAGAAUUAGAAGAAGAUACUACAUUGUACAGCAAUGUUGGUCCCGCACCACGGCGCCGUGAAAAAAUCUAAAGACAAGAGAAAAACACCCAAGCAUGACGUUUCAGUUUCUGUGUAUGACGAGCAUCUGUUUAUAUGCUGUCAACGAAAUAAAAUCUUGAGCAAGAUCCUACCGCGCACGCAG